GAACUAUGUGCCUGACCAAGGCACGGUGUGAUUGCUUGCAAAGGAUGUCAGGCUGUUGAAUGGCAAGCGCAUAGGUGAAUGAAGCUUCAAUGGAGGAUGCAAGGAUGCGCGCGACGGCGCACGCGCCACACCCCCGCCUUCAAUUAAAACAUCUCAGGGUACGUCUGAGCGCGAGCGAAGAUGGCGACAGAGUGAAGGAGACCACGGGAAGAUGACAAGCCCUCUACAGACAACCAGAUACCGCUCUUCAACCCGCCGCCUCGGAGAUGCCCGCAAAUGAGUGAGAUUCGCUCGCGUGCGAUGUGUUGUCAAGGAGAUGCGGGGUAGCUGAUAGCGAGUCUCGCGGCAUGUGCUUUAUCAUGCACUGUCUCCGUAAUUCAGACGCAGGUGUUUUUGGUACCGAUUUAUUCUGAACAUCAGGUGAAAGAGAUGCUUCGAGCCAUCAUGUAACCGUCGGGGUGGGCAAUAAAUUUGCGGAGGAGACCCGCCCGUGUGAGCUCGCGCCUUUGUCUCCCCCUCUAAAAUAUGGUCACGGGCGCCCGGCGGUGUGGAAGGAAACUUGACGCCGAGGUCGAAAUCUGCUGCCUGACCGAACCGAACGACAAACCGUGCGCGGAGCCCGAGAAGGUGCAGAGAUGGCGCAUGAGCCUCGCGUCGCUGCUCUUUUUCACCGCGCUCCUGUCCGAUCACCUUUGGCUCUGCGCGGGAGGCAAGCCGCGUUCGCGAGACCGGACUCACCGGCGAACGUGGAGCAACGCGAGUCACGACGCCCAGACGGGCCUGCGCGAUGAGGACUGCGGGGUUCUUCUGAGCAACCUGACGGAAAACAGACCGGAGUGCGUGGACGCUGACGCGCGUCGCCGCGAGCCUCUGGAGUCCGCAUGCUCUACGCUUUACCGGCAGAAAAACAGCUCGGUGAGCUCCUUUUAUUCAGUGCCGGUGCCCACGGUGUCGCCGCACGCGGUUUUAGAGUACUUCCGGAACUUUAGCCUGUCGUUUUGCGACGUGCUAACAAUAGCGGACCUGCUUGAGAGCAUGGCCAGCCCGCAGGGACUGGACUGCAGCCUAGCCAAUGUCAUUCGUGACCUGUUCAGCGGUGGGCCGGAGGACGGGGAUGUGUGCAGCGCUUGUGUUCACGAGUACGUGCUGCUCGAUCAACACGCUCAGGAAAAAUAUGAAGAGUUUGACAUCCUCUCGCGCAAAUACAUAGCGGAUGACUACUCUGUGCGCGCCCAAGCGCACCUGUGCCAGUUCCCCAGCGGCAGUGCGAAAGGUGGCUCCCGUGCAAGCACUACUGUGGUGAGGUCACAGCCAGCUGCCCCUUCAUCCUACCCGACAAUGACCGUCUGCUGUAUGCCGGCCUGCCCAGCUUUCUCUGUGCAGGUAAACAUCAAUAACACAGGGUUGCAAGAGGAGUAUUUGGCCAGUCAGGGUCCACAGUGCUGUGAUGUACGAUGGAACGGGUGCGACUCGGCCGUAGGAGCUGCAUGCGCCCUGACACGCUUCCCAGGCUCGUUUUCUUUGCAUCGGAGGUUGUCUUCGGGAGCAGUGUCGUAUACAAAUCGUCUUCACGGCAGUAAAUUAAAACUGUGUGUGCUUGUUCUCUUCUUAUUACACACUGUUAUCUCCAUAACAACAUUGCAACAUUGCAACACCGGCUCCUUGGAGAACAUAGUACCUCUAGAAGAAGUUCCUGUCAGAGAGGAGUGAGGGACCGUAACGGCUCCCUCUUUAUUGGAAGACGCACAUGACGCAAAAGUGUUUUUGUCUACCGUUCAUGAGAUGACGCUUGCCAAAUGCCUGAAAAACGCAGGAAGUCUGCUGAAGUCUGUCAGUGCUUGUCUUCGAGAGUUAGAACAUCUGGCCUGAUCAGAGCAUGUGUGUGUAUCUGUGCGUGCGCACGUCGGUGUGUUUGUUUGUUUGUUUGAUCAAAGAGUGUGUUUCUUACGUUCCUCGGUGGAUUGUUUGUUUUAUUAGGACUAAUCCCAUAUGUUAAAACCAAGCUUAAGAAUGACAAUCUUGUUUUCUUUUAGACGAUGUUCUCGGGAACAAAAGUGAAUGUAGGAAGAAUGUAUGGACACUGUAUGAGUGACAUUGUUACAUUUCUCCUCUAAUAAAAACCAACACUGAGGCAUUUUUCAUA